GUAAUUUUUCUUUACAUUUGAAAAAUGGCUAAGAGAAUUGCAUCUAGUUCAGUUAACUGGUCUUUAAUAAAUCAAUAUGCAACUGAUAAAACGACAUACGUCGCAUUCAAAACUCUUUCGGAUAAAUAUUUACGAAGUGUGACAGCAUUACCCGGUGAAUUACCAACCAUCGAUUGGGAACAUUAUAAAUCAAAAAUUUCUACUCCAGCAGUAGUCGAUGCUUUUAAAACUAAAUAUACAUCAUUAAAAAUCCCAUAUCCGUCUGAUCAGGGUGCUAUAGCUCAGAUAGAUACUCAAACUGAUAAAAUUGUAACUAAACACAAAGAACAAACAGAAAAUAUUGCUAAAGGCAUUGCUGAAUUGACUAAAGAAUUAGAAAAACUUAAAAAUACUUUACCAUAUUCCGAAAUGAACAUGGAAGAAUAUUACGAAGCUAAUACUGCUGAUGCCUAUAAUCCUGAUAAACCCGGUGUUUGGCCCAAUAUUCAUGAUCCUAAUUAUAAGGAUCCCACAUUGUAAAAUGAUUUUGAUGCUUUGAAUGAUGAAAAGUAGUUCAACUUCAUAUAAAAUAAUAAAUAUUAUAUUUAGUAUGAAAUUGUAAUAUUAAUAUUUAUAAAACUUAAUUUUUCAAAUUAAAAAAACAUUUUAAUUUUG